UGGUAAGUUACUAACUUCCUUGUUUUUGUUGUUACUAAUGAUGUACCGGUAGUUAUCAAGUUUGCAUUUAUUAAAGUUUUGAAACCAUGGGAGAUGUUACUAAAUCCUUUCUUUAUGCAUGGUGUGGGAAGAAUAAAGUUACCCCAUCAUAUGAAGUUAGAGGAACUGGAAGUAAACAACGACAAAGAUUUUUAUGUGAAGUAACAGUUCCAGGAUUUGAUUAUGUUGGUAUAGGAAACUCUACAAACAAGAAAGAUGCUCAGACAAAUGCUGCUAGAGAUUUUUUAUUAUAUCUAGUAAGAGCUGGUAAAAUAUCGCAAUCAGAAGUGCCCAUUGAAUUGCCUGUUGGACUUCAGAAUCAAGGACCUGCAGAAUUACCAUCUGGUGGUCCACAAGCACCUCAUAUCCAAUUGAAAGCUACUGAUCAGAAUUAUCCAAUUAAAGAUAAUUAUGUUCCAUUUAAUCAAGGCUCUGUUCCUAAUUAUGUGCAGCGUGCAGAGGAUCAAAAGAAAAUGGAAGAGGCUGAAGACCUAGAUAUUAAUUCUGCAAUUCAUGGAAACUGGACUCUUGAUAAUGCUAAAUCUCGACUACAUCAAUUUCUUCAGGCUAAUAAAUUGAAUCAGGAAUAUAAGUAUUCUGUAGUUGGACCAGAUCACAACAGGAGUUAUUUGUGCGAAAUGAGUGUAUAUGUCAAGCAACUUGGCCGUUCUUUACAUGCUAGAGAACAUGGUUCAAAUAAACAGAUGGCAUCUAAGUCAUGUGCACUUUCUCUUGUACGGCAGUUGUAUCAUUUGCAAGUAAUUGAGGCAUACACUGGAAUAACAAAGAAGAAAGAAUCUGAUAAGUUAGAACCAUAUGAAGUCAGUGUUGAUCCUGAACUUAUUAAUGAGAUUUAUGCAACUUUAAAUGAAUUGGAUAUUCAACCCAAAGAUAUCCCAGAUGAUCCUAAUGUUACCGAACCAGUUCUUCUUACGAUUGAAAACAAUGUAGAAAUUGAUAACCAAAAUCGACCUCAUCCUGGAGGUGUAGUACCUUGGUCACCACCUCAGUCUAAUUGGAAUCCAUGGACAAGCUGUAAUAUAGAUGAAGGACCAUUAGCUGCGAUGCCUCUUGAAACAAUCAGUCAGAAUUUAUUGGUAGAAUAUAAUCAAAAGGAAAACGAUAGUACUUUUCAAAAGAUGCUUGAAAUGAGAAAGGAACUGCCUGUUUACCAAUUUCGUGAAGAGAUUCUAAAAGCUAUUCGAGAAAACAGUGUUGUGAUUAUUCGUGGUGCUACUGGAUGUGGUAAAACGACUCAAGUAUCUCAAUACAUUUUGGAUGACUAUUUAACUUCAGGAUGUGGAGCUGAUUGUUGUGUUGUAGUGACUCAGCCUCGUCGUAUCAGUGCUGUGUCUGUUGCUGAAAGAAUUGCUGAAGAACGUGUAGAAUCUCUUGGGAACACAACAGGAUACAGUGUCAGAUUUGAAUCUUGUUUACCUCGCCCAUAUGGUUCAAUACUUUUUUGUACUGUAGGUGUUUUGCUUAGAAAAUUGGAAUGUGGUUUAAGAGGUGUAUCUCAUGUGAUUGUUGAUGAAAUUCAUGAAAGAGAUGUGAAUUCUGACUUUAUCAUGGUUGUUUUGAGGGACAUGGUGCGAGCUUUUCCACAAAUGCGUGUUAUCUUGAUGUCUGCUACUAUUGAUACUACCUUAUUCCAAGAAUACUUUGGAGGAUGCCCUAUAAUAGAGGUAUCUGGAAGAACUUUUCCUGUUCAAGAAUAUUUUUUGGAGGACUGCAUUCAGAUGCUGAAUUUUGUUCCUCCUCCAAAUACUAGAAAGAGGAGAAGAGAGGAUGAUGGUGUAGAAACAGAAGAACUAGAUGAAAAUUUAAAUAAAGUAAUUGGGCCAGAUUACUCGCCUAGCACCAAACAAGCAAUGGCUUCUUUAAGUGAAAAAGAGAUGUCAUUUGAACUUAUUGAAGCUUUGCUGUCAUACAUUAAAAGUCUGAAUGUACCUGGUGCUGUGCUAAUUUUCUUGCCUGGUUGGAAUUUAAUUUUCGCCUUGAUGCGCCAUUUACAACAGCACCCCAAGUUUAGCACAUCAGAAUAUUGUAUUUUACCACUCCAUUCACAAGUUCCUCGAGAAGAUCAGCACAGAGUGUUUGAACCUGUUCCAGAUGGAGUCACUAAGAUAAUCUUAUCUACUAACAUUGCAGAAACAAGUAUCACAAUUAAUGAUGUAGUAUAUGUCAUUGAUUCUUGCAAGGUAAAAAUGAAGCUUUUCACAUCACAUAAUAACAUGACAAACUAUGCAACAGUUUGGGCUUCUAAAACUAACUUAGAACAAAGAAAAGGUAGAGCUGGCCGUGUAAGAGCAGGUUUUGCAUUUAGACUUUGCAGUCGAGCUAGAUUUGAAAAAUUGGAAAAUUACACUACACCAGAAAUAUUUCGCACACCAUUGCAUGAAAUUUCUUUGGCCAUUAAACUUCUUAGGCUUGGUGAUAUUGGUAAAUUUCUCUCUAAAGCAUUAGAACCUCCACCAAUAGAUGCUGUCAUAGAAUCAGAAGUUCUUUUAAGAGAAAUGAGAGCACUGGAUCAUAAUAGUGAACUGACACCUUUAGGUAAAAUUUUGGCUCGGCUACCGAUAGAGCCUCGUCUGGGGAAAAUGCUUGUCCUAGCAUGUGCAUUUGGAGCUGGAGAUGCUCUUUGUACAAUUGCCGCACAUAGCAGCACUUUUCCUGAACCCUUUGAUACACCUUUUCCAAAGCGUUUAGCUUAUGUUCAUAGAAAAUUUUGUGGAUUGCGUUGGAGUGACCAUUUGACUAUGUUGAAUGCAUUCACUCAAUGGGAAGAUGCCCAUAUGCAAAAUGAAUUCCAAGAACAGUCAUUUUGUGAAAGAUUUUCUCUAAAUAUGUCUACUCUUCGAAUUACUCAUGAUGCAAGGAACCAGCUUAAAGAUCUUCUAAUUGCUGCCAUGUUUCCUGAAUCUUCCUUAGAAUCCCAAUCAUACUAUUUUGAAGGACCUGACUCAAAAUUAGAUAUUGUAGUUGCUCUUUUGGCUAUGGGUUAUUAUCCAAAUGUAUGUUACCACAAGGAGAAAAGGAAAGUUAUUACUACUGAAGGAAAAGCUGCACUGGUGCAUAAAUCAUCUGUCAACUGUACCAAUCUGCCACCAAAAUUUCCUUCACCAUUUUUUGUCUUUGGAGAAAAGAUUAGAACAAGAGCUGUAGCUUGCAAACAAAUGACAAUGAUCACCCCUCUGCAUCUUCUAUUAUUUGGAUGCAAAAAAGUUGAAUACGUAAAUGGUUCUAUACAGGUGGAUCGAUGGAUUAAUCUUAAAAUGCCUCCUCGAGAUGCUGCUGUUAUUGUAGCUUUGCAACCAGCUAUUGAGGAUUUUAUUAUGCAAAUUGCUUCUGAUCCAGAAACUAUAGCUGAUCCAUCUCCUAUUAAUAUGAAACUUAUAGAAUUAAUUAGAAGAUUGUCUAAUGUAAAUGCUGCAAAAUUCAAUACAUUUGGAGAAGAUGAUGAAAGUGGAUUUGGAGACUCAGAAGGGCCACCUAGAAAAAUGCAGCGGCUAAGUACAGGAAUGGCUAGAGGUGGUUUGCCCAGAGGCUACAGUGCAGGAGGUCGGUUUACAUCUGGCUCUAGUUAUGGAAGUAGAGGAGGAAGAGGUGGAAAUUAUGGUGGUAGUGGUUUCAAAGGAGGAAACAAUGGAGGAUAUGGAGGUUGGGGUGGGAACUAUGGAAAUAGAGGAGGCGGUGGUAGAAGCUACGGGAAUAGAGGAGGCAGUGGUGGAAGCUAUGGGAAUAGUGGAGGCUUUGGGAACAGAGGAGGAGCUGGUGGAAGCUAUGGGAAUAGUGGAGGCUUUGGGAACAGAGGAGGGGCUGGUGGAAGCUAUGGGAAUAGUGGAGGCUUUGGGAACAGAGGAGGAGCUGGUAGAAACUAUGGGAAUAGUGGAGGUUUUGGGAACAGAGGAGGAGAUGGUGAAAGCUAUAGGAAUAGUGGAGGUUUUGGGAACAGAGGAGAAGGUGCUGGUAGCUAUGGGAAUAAUGAAAGUUUUGGGAACAGAGGUGGAGAUGGUGGAAGCUAUGGGAAUAAUGAAAGUUUUGGGAACAGAGAAGGAGGUGCUGGAAGUUAUGGGAAUAGGGGAGGUUUUGGAAACAGAGAUGGUAAUUAUGGAGGACAAUAUGGAAUGCAAAGGAGAGGUUAUGGAAGAAUACUGGAUUAAUACUGGAGAUUAUGAAAGUGGUAACAGAGAUUAUUGAGGUAGCUUUGACAAUAAUCAAAGUGGAUACUAAAGGUUUAAUGUAAAAGUCAUGGACAUUGUUGAAUUUAUAUUCAUUUUAAAUGUAUUUCAAAAUUUGAAGUUAUUUUAAUGUAAAUAGAGCCUCAUCAAUUUCAUUUAUUGUGGUUAGAUAAUAUAGUAAAACCUUUCAUUAUUUGUUUUAUCAUAUGACAUUGUGAUGUAUUAUGUAAUCUUU